AUGUCUGUUCCAUCAUCUGAGCAACUUGCUAAGUACAAACAAUCAUUCGAAGAGUUCGAUAAUGACAAGGAUGGCUUUAUUGAGACAUCUAUGGUCGAGCGCGCUCUUCGCUCCAUCGGUCUUAAUCCAACAGCAGACGAAAUGAACGAUAUUAUGUCUGAUAUUUCAAAUUCUAACAAGCUUUCUCUUAACGGAUAUCUUUAUAUAGCACAUCACGUUGGCUGCUACGCAAAUACCGAGAAACAACUUAUCAAAGCUUUCACACUAUUCGAUCGCGACGGUACAGGUAAAGUUCACAAGGAUGUUGUAAAAGAUAUCUUAGGAAAGAUUCGUAGACCACUUACAGAAGGUCAAUUAGAUCAACUCUUCCAGAACUUGAAGAUUGAUAAUGGUUUUGUUGACAUCAAGCAGCUCGCUAAAGCCCUUUUAUCCCAAUAA